AAAAAGAAGAAGAAGAAGAAGAAGAAAAGAAAAAAAAAAACCAAACCAGAGUUGAAACUCAGGUCUAGAUCUUUAUCAGCUGAGCAGGUGUGUGGAGGUGACUUGCCCAAGGUCACAGGGUGAGGACUCUGAGUCCCCAGCCUACUCUACCCCUGUCAGAAGGUGCCAGGGGGUAGUUCUUUGGCGGGAAGGUUAUCUCAGCUAGUGAUUAGGCCGUCCACGUGCUAGUGCUGGGAGGGAGAGAGGCAGGAAAAUCCAGGCGUCGCUCCACCCUCGGUGUGCUCAGGGAAACAAGACUGGGCUCCAAAAGCCGGCGAGGGCUUAAGUGAGUCAGAGGCUCCGAGUUCAAGUUGGGACUAGCUUUUUGAUGGGACCUUGAGCAAGUGUGGCCCUCACUGGGUCCCAGAAAAUCAGAGUUCAGUCUAUAGGAUUCCCAAAGGUUCUCCAACCACCUAGGGAAAGAGAGAGGGGGACACUGAGGGACCAGCUGAGACGGUAAGGACAACGGAGGGACCAUAAGGGAUCAGGAAGGACAUUGGUAGGUAGGGUAGCCUUUGGCACCCAUGGGACUCCCCCCACCCCUCCAAAACUUGUUCCUCAACACCCGGGCUCCUCUAUCAACCUGACAAACAGAUAAAGCCCUUUCCCCGCAGGCCUUCUCAGAGCCUUGAGUCAACUCAAGCAUGCAGGAGCCAGCUGGAAAAAGCCACUUCUGACCGCAGGAUCCCUUUUCCAGGAAGCACCUCGGAGACCGAGGCUUCAGUGGAACGUCAGUGCUGGCUGGGAGGCGAGCUGUGUACACAGCCGUUCACAAGACCUUGGCAGGGCGCCUCCUUUCUCCUGACCUCUCCAGGUCUAGGACCCACACAUCGUCGGACUUGUGCAGGAGAGCCGUGGGCACCUCCCAGCGGGCCUUAGGUCUCCACUUCAGGGCAGGCAGGGACCAACCUCUUUUAAGGCCCUUCUCCUGCCGCCUUUGAUCAGCCUCACUAGGACCAGGAGCAGGGAGAGAACGCACAGACUCCCCCAGCCUCAGCACUGGGGACAGCGCCUUAGUAGUCAAGGGUCACCUUGUGCUCCACCAUCUUCAUUGAGAGGAAGGAGCUGAGAAGGAUCCCUGAGCCCGGCCUGCCAUCUUCCCUGGCCCCAAGGUGGCAUGGACUAGCAGUUGUAAGCAACCAAAGCUGAUGCCCGGUCCCCAGGGGGGCACAGGAGCCCCCACCAUGAGCCUGGGCAAGCUGUCUCCUGUGGGAUGGGUGUCCAGUUCCCAUGGAAAGAGACGCCUGACAGCAGACAUGAUCAGCCCCCCACUUGGGGACUUCCGCCACACCAUGCACGUGGGCCGUGGUGGGGAUGUCUUCGGAGAUACGUCCUUCCUCAGCAACCACGGAGGCCGCUCUGGAAACACCCACCGCUCACCCCGAAGUUUCCUGGCCAGGAAGCUCCAGCAGGUGCGCAGAGUCGGGGUGCCACCUCGAAGGAUGGCUUCCCCGGCGGCUGCGCCGUCACCUGCUCCACCUCCCAUCUCGCCCAUCAUCAAGAACGCCAUCUCCCUGCCUCAGCUCAACCAGGCCACCUAUGACAGCCUGGUGGUGGGCAAGCUUAGCUUUGACAGCACGCCGGCUAGCUCCACGGAUGGCCACUCUGGUUACGGCCUGGAGUCUGGCUUCUGCACCAUCUCACGCCUGCCACGCGUGGAAAAGCACAGCAACCGUGACCGUGACCGUGACCGUGACCCGGACCAUUCUCCAGAGCGAGAGCAAAGUUCUUUCCCCUCUGAGCCUAACCCUAACCCUGAGCUCCGACGCUCUGACUCUCUCUUGUCCUUCCGUUUUGACCUUGACCUUGGACCCUCACUCCUCAGUGAGCUGCUAGGGGUCAUGAGCCUUUCAGAAGCUACAGCCACUGAGACCCCAGUCCCUACUGCCACGCCCCCUGCUCCUGCAGCAAACCCUGCCCCUAUUGCAAAACCCCCGGCCCAUGUGAUAACCACUCUAGAUGCUGUGACAAGCCUUCCAGCUCCUGCUGUGACAAGCCUUCCAGCCCCCGUGGCGGCAAGCUCCCCAUCCCGUGGACAUUUCCCCAAUGGGGUAACUUCUGUGUUGGGCCCUGCGGCUGAGGUAAAGCCCAGUCCUGUGGGAGAGGGUCCCCAGGUACCCUCCAACAUGGCCUUUGACAGGCGUGGAGCCAGCUGGGGGGCCAGUCGAGCCAGCUGGGGGGCCAACAGGGCCAGCCGCCACUACACUGAGAUGGAUGCUCGGCGGGAGCUGGCAGGAGUGUUACCCCAAGUUCAUGGCUCCUGGGAGAGUCUGAAUGAAGACUGGAGCGCGCCUCCAGCCAGCAGCAGGGCUCCUGUGCCCAGCUCGGUGCAGGUCAAUGCCUUUGAAUUUGCUGAUGCUGAGGAAGAUGACGAGGUCAAGGUGUGAAGGACUGGCCGUGGGCUCCCUGUCCUGUCAGCCUCGGGGCUCACAGAACAGAAGGGCUGAGUUCAUUUGGCUUACAACAAGAAGAUCCUUCCUGGUCUAUGCAAGGCAGGCAUGGGUCCCCGCUGACCUGUGACCCAGUUCUCUGCACUGCCCCUAGGCCCACUAGCCCUUCAGUUGUAACCUAUGCCACCCCCUGUGGCCUGACAGUAUGGCCUUUGUGCCCCAGGACACGUCCCUAGUGGAGUGUGGGUGGGGCAAGGACCACACAGGGCCAUUGUCUGUGAGUGGGACUGGCUGCCCCUACUCAUUGAGAGCUGCUGCAGAAGGGCCACCACUGUGUUCUCAGUAGCCCGGUUCCAGGCUCCUCCCCACUCCCCAGAGAAAGGUCAGGCGUGACACAGGAGCGAAUCUUCUGUGCACCCCAGAUCUUGCCUCCCACACCUGAUUGUUAAAGCUUCUCUGUUAAGGUCUGUCUGCCCAAGGAGGCAGGCCCGGCCCCUGCUGACGUGUGCUUUCUCCUGAGAGUUUGGAAAGUGGAGGACCCCCUUCGGGUACCCCCCCCUCCGUCCAGAUAGAAGGAGGGGGCAGACGAGCUAAUGAGUAACCAGCCUGGAAUGUUCAACGAUAAGAAGCCCAGGUGGGACCCUUAUCUGCAGUUCCUGGAACACCCUGGCCCCAGGUGCCAGCAACCAGUAUCUGCCCCCAUAAUCCCAUGGGGCCGCUUGGCAGGUGCUCAGAUCACUGGGAGGGAGACAGGUCCCCAUGCAGAGGGUGACUCCGGAGCACCUCCCAUCCUCUCUUCUCAGCAGUACUAUACUCAGUGCCUCAGUCCCCCCUCCCCCGUACCAAAACCAAGGGGGGGAGCAUUAACAUGCGUGGAAAAUGCUAACAGUUCUUGCUGUGGAAAUAAUAAAUGUGGAUUCUUUUAUUUGACUUUGACCUUGGGGAAA